AAUAACAUUAGAGUUGCGCUCGAAUUGGCGGCAAAAGCCACAGAAAUUAAUCAAUUUAAGGACUGGUGGUGGAAGGUACAGUUAGGAAAAUGUUAUUAUAAAUUAGGAAUGAUUAGAGACGCGGAGAAACAAUUCCGGUCAGCGCUUAAACACAUUGAAGUUCCCGUCGAAGUGUACCUAUGGUUAGGCAGAGUAUAUGAGAGAUUGGAUCAGCCAUUGGCUGCGCUGGACGUAUACAGCGACGGCCUAAACAAAUAUCCGGGCGAAACGUUUCUGAUUACAUACGCGGCCAGAAUUCACGAGACAAUGAAUGAAAUGGAGGACUCAAUCAAACUCUACAAAGAGGUUCUCACAUACGAUGCCAUUAACAUAGAGGCGAUCGCAUCGAUCGCAAUGAACCACUUUUACAACGAUCAGCCGGAGAUCGCGCUCCGGUAUUACCGGCGUAUCCUUCAGAUGGGAACCUGUAAUUCACAGAUUUACAACAAUUUGGGCCUUUCCUGCUAUUUGUCCCAACAGUUUGAUAUGGCUAUCACUUGCUUCGAAAGGGCGCUCAUGUUCUCGGACUCGGACGACGUAACCGCCGAUAUC